AUGUCCGAUCUUGCCUCGUCAUAUCUUAUUUUAUGGGCUUCUCAGACUGGCAAUGCUGAGUGGAUUGCCAAGAAUAUCCAUAGUGAGGCUCAAAAACGAGGCUAUACGGGAGAAUGUUUCGUCAUGGACGAAUGGGAAAAGUCUAAUCUCGAAAAAGCUGGAGUCCUGAUUUUAGUGGCAUCCAAUACCGGCGAUGGCGAUCCUCCGGACAAUGCUAUUAAAUUCUGGCGUUUCAUUAGACGGCAGAAACAAAAGGAUUAUUUGGCCAACACCAAAGUUACCCUCCUCGGUCUCGGUGAUACAAACUACAGCAAUUUUAAUAAUACCGCCAAACGCCUCGAGAAAAAGGUCAAGGAACUCGGAGCUACUGUCUUUUAUCCAAAAGGCCUCGCCGAUGACGCCGAAGGUCUGGAAUCUGUGGUGGACCCAUGGAUCGAAAAGUUGUGGGCCGAAUUACCCAAAGUACUCGCCAAAUCCGAUAAUGCCACCGCCUCCUCCGAUAACGCUGUCGACGACGAACCGUCCGUGCAAGCCGUGACCACGGGCGUGCAGAAUCUCAACGUGGCAGAUCGCCCCUAUUCAAUGACGGCCCGCAAAAACGAGCUGUUGCCAGAAGUCGCCAAAUACGUGGAUCAACCAAAUUCGAUGGUCCAACAAAACGAAUCCAAGGUCAACGAUUAUUCGCUGAGUGAACGCCACACGACGCUGCCAGAUCCAGUAAAGAAAUACACCGAUUUACCCAAUUCGCUGGUGGACACACCGGCCAUUGCUGUCGGUCACAAGUUACCCAUCGAUCUUUCCGGUCUGCAGCCCAAUGUCAAGCUGACCGCCAUCCCUCGAUUGCCGGCAGCUGUGGUACAGUUGAUUCCCACCGGUGAAGCCGAAACACGACCAGAUCACGUCCCUGACUUCGUUGCCACCCCGAGCCCGUUGUUUGACGCUCCCGUCACCCAGGUCAAAUGCCUCUCGUCGCAGCAAGCCGAAAAGCGAACCUUGCACGUUGAAUUGGAAGUCGAGGACAAGAUCGAUUUUCAGCCCGGUGACGCCAUCGGAAUCCUUGCCCCCAACAAUGAAGAACUGGUUCAAGCCUUGUUGGCCAAGUUGUCAUCGCCCGAUCAACUGAAUAGGCUGUACAAGAUUGAAGGUGACAAUUUGCCUUCCCAUUUGCACAAAGCUUCCUCGGUCACCUUGGGAGAAUUGCUUCGCUACGGCGUCGAUUUGACCAGCACGCCUCGCAAAGCCUUGUUGCGUGUAUUGGCCGAAUAUGCUACGGAUGAUCACGACAAGACCGCGCUCAUGUAUAUUUGUAGCAAGCAAGGCGUAGCUCAGUUCAAUGCUCUGCGAGACCUAUCACCUACCCUUCUCGAUUUCCUUACCACUUUCCCUUCGUGCCAGCCUCCUGUCGCUCGUUUGCUCGAUGUGCUUCCGCCCCAUAUGCCCCGUUACUACUCCGUUGCCAAUUCCCCCCUGAAACACCAAGGCAAGGUGCAAGUGGCCUUUAACAUUGUCGAUUACAAAAUUGGCGAAAUUGGUCGCAAGGGGGUUGCCACCCCUUGGUUGGAUCGAUUGACAGGUCACGUUCCCUUUGAUAGCGGCAAAACCGUGGUGCUGACCGAACCCCGCCCCACCGUGCCUAUUUUCAUGAAACAUAAUACCAAUGCUUUCGUUCUCCCUUCCGACACCAAGCGACCUCUUGUCCUCAUCGGUCCCGGUACCGGUGUGGCCCCCUUUAUCGGUUUCUUGGAACACCGUCAGGAACAAUGCCGAAUCCGUCAAUCCAUGGGCGGUGUUACCUCCCAUCCUUCCCGCGAUAUUAGACGCGAGUUUGGUGACAUUUGGAUGUACUAUGGUUUUAGAGAUCAGACCAAGGACUACCUCUUCAAGGACGAGUUGGAAGCCUUUGUCAGCAAUGGUACUGUGAACCGGUAUCGAUUCGCUGAAAGCCGUAAGAUCCCCGGUCAGAAAACGUAUGUGCAAGACUUGUUGCGCGAGGAUUCGAGCCUCUUGUACGAUUUUAUUGUGAACAAGGACGCCGCCAUCUACGUGUGUGGUGAUGCCAAAGGCAUGGCCAAGGGUGUUCAUGAAGCAUUUGUCGAUAUGUUGAAACAGGAACAAAACCUCGAUACUCUUGAAGCCAACAAAUUACUCAUGGAAUGGAUGAAUACUAGAAAAUACCUUCGUGAUCUGUGGGCAUAG